CUCAUGUCAUCUUGAGCCCUAAACAUACAGCAACAUGUGCAGCAGCUCCAGACCUGCAGGACAUGAGGAAGAGCAGCCGUCAAUGAAUGAAGACAGACGCUCGCAUAAGCACACCACACUGUUUUCUGAGAGGACAUGAAUAAUCUCUGGACUGUGUUCAUAUUUACUGUAGCCCUCAGGGUGGGUGUUGGCCAGUUCCUCCAGACGGCCGAGCUGCAGGUGUUUCUGGGAGAGUCUGUGGUUCUGCCCUGCAAUGGUUCUGGUUUCCCAGCGGACGAGCUGCAGGUUUACUGGGAGGCCCUUGGGAAAGACGUCCUCUCUCUGAAUGGAGAGAAACUGAGCAUCGGCAGAGGUUUUGAAGACCGGGUGAACUUCAUCACAGAUCCGGCAGUGACUCAAGAUUUCUCCAUCAUCCUGACAGACGUGAUGCUGAACGAUGGAGAGAUUUACGAGUGUCUGUGGAAGGGAACGAUACCCAUCUGCUCUGUCUUACUGUAUGUGAUGACUCUAGAGACUCCCAUAGAUCACGUGGAGUCGAAUGAAGGUGAUGAUGUCACGCUCAACUGCUUCGGUAAUAUUCCCAAAAACAAACCCUAUGAGGACAUCACCAUCCAGUGGGUUAAAGACGAGCGAGUGAUCCUGCGCUUGAGCUCUGGACAGAUGGAGAUUCUGGACAAGUACAGCAGCAUCAUCACAUUGCCAGACCAGCAGGACAUCAGCCGCGGGAUCUUCUCUCUGGGCAUCUCGUCGGUCAGAGCGUUUGAUCAGGGGGAUUAUCAGUGCCGAUACAAGAUCUCGGAUUAUGGAGACCUACAGAGCGGAUUCCCGGAGAGACACGCACUCACUGUCUGGGCUGUGUUUUCAGGUCUCCCGGCCAUCACAGAUUUUCCUUCCAGUUUGUCAGACACAGAGACUGACAGCACAGCAGCAGCCUCUACAUAUGCUACAGAUACAUAUGAAACAGAUACAUAUGCCACAGAUACAUUUGUCAAUGAUGCAAAUACCACAGAUACAAACGCCACAGAUUCAUAUGCCACAUAUACAUAUGUCAAUGAUACAUAUACCACAGAUACAAACACCACAGCUUCAUAUACCACAUAUACAAAUGGAACAGAUUCAUAUGUCAAUGAUACAAAUACCACAGAUAUAAAUGCAACAGAUUCAUAUACCACAUAUACAAACGCCACAGACACAUAUGCUACAGAUACAUAUGCCACAAGCACUCAGACUGAACCCAACAACACGCUGCCAGCUCACACAGCAUACGAAGCCAACACACACACUCACAACGGCAGCACAGAGAGAAACACUGAGAAAAGCACCAGCGCAACUGACACUGACCCGCACACAAUCUCACACAGUCACGGGAUGACCGAUACGUUAUUACCAGGCACAGUUUCCGGUCAGCGGGAUCAUCAGUUCUCAGAUCAGCAGAUUCCCUGGAUCCGCAUCGGUCUGAUUUCUGGAGUUCUGCUGGUGACGGCGCUGCUUUUAGCUUUCCUGUUGUUGUCGGGGAGAAUCUGAUUCAACAGGACGAACAUUAAGAUGCAGGGAAUCAACUUUCAGACAUUUCCAUGCAAACCGCUCAUUUCAGGAACUGUGAAUGUUUUAAAAUAUAUUGUUUUGUGUGUGGAGCAAUACUGUAAAAAGGCCCUGUGAAAUUAGGAUAACUUUUUUUUAGAUGUUAGUUUUACUGUUAGUUUUAAGGAUAGCCAUUAGCUCGUGUUCUCCAGAAAAGUGAUAAAAUUUCCAUUUAGAAGAUAUAAACCUGAUGUAAACAUGUGAAGCUUGUAUUUUGUAGUUUCCGCCUAAAAGGAUCAACAGUUUUAUUCAGGUGGCCUCAUACUUUAGCUUCGCAUUAAAUCUUCUGACCAAUCAAAUGCUCUCUAGUGUCUGACAUGCCCCGCCUACUUCUUCUCAUUGGCUUUUCAUUUGAUGCGCUUAAACUCGGCCCCUCACUGGCAGAGCUGUGAGAAAAACAAAACCCUAUUGGCUGUUUUUUUAAAGGGGAGGGGCUACUAUAUGCCCAACCCUCUUUUCAUGUUUCAAUUUAGAUUACGUCAAACAUCCAAUAAAAACCAAAUUAACAUUUUAAGCACUUCACAGAACCUUUAAUACUUUAAUAAAAUCUCCAAUAUAUCACAUCAUUUUUUUGUUCUUUAGCUUUGAUUUAUUAACUAAUCACACAUUUUUCUUAAUAUGAAUAUUUGGAAAGUUUGUGAAAUUGAAAUGUGUUUAAAUAUGUUGAAUUCUCUGGUGAUAUUUCUGACCAUUGGAGUUUUGCCGAAUGGUGCUGUUCAUUUAUGUGGCUGUAAAUGCUGCUUUAUUUGUCUUUAAAUGGGUAUUUAUUGUUUGUGAAAUAUAUAUAUAUAUAUAUAUAUAUACACACAGCUGAAACCAGAAG